AUGGGCGAGUACUCGAAAGCACUUUCAUCGUAUGAACGAUCACUUGAAAUCCAAAAAAUAGCUCUUCCUCCAAAUCAUCCCAACUUGGCUUCUUCCUACAACAACAUCGGUUCGGUGUAUUAUAACAUGGGCAAGUACUCGAAAGCACUUUCAUCGUGUGAACGAUCACUUGAAAUCCGAAAAGUAGCUCUCCCUCCGAAUCAUCCCGACUUGGCUUCUUCCUACAACAACAUCGGUUUGAUGUAUAAUAACAUGGGCGAGUACUCGAAAGCACUUUCAUCGUACGAACGAUCACUUGAAAUCAAAAAAAUAGCUCUCCCGCCGAAUCAUCCCGACUUGGUUGCUUCCUACAACAACAUCGGUUCGGUGUAUUAUAACAUGGGCGAGUACUCGAAAGCACUUUCAUCGUAUGAACGAUCACUUGAAAUCCAAAAAAUAGCUCUCCCUCCGAAUCAUCCCAACUUGGCUUCUUCCUACAACAACAUCGGUAUGGUGUAUUCUCACAUGGGCGAGUACUGGAAAGCACUUUCAUCGCAUGAACGAUCACUUGAAAUCCGAAAAAUAGCUCUCCCGCCGAAUCAUUCCGACUUGGCUUCUUCCUACAACAACAUCGGUUCGGUGUAUUAUAAGAUGGGCGAGCACUCGAAAGCACUUUCAUCGUACGAACGAUCACUUGAAAUCCAAAAAAUAGCUCUCCCUCCGAAUCAUCCCCACUUGGCUGCUUCCUACAACAACAUCGGUUUGGUGUAUCAUGAGAUGGGCGAGUACUCGAAAGCACUUUCAUCGUACGAACGAUCACUUGAAAUCCGAAAAGUAGCUCUCCCUCCGAAUCAUCCCGACUUGGCUUCUCCCUACAACAACAUCGGUUUGCUGUAUUAUAACAUGGGCGAGUACUCGAAAGCACUUCAAUAUUACGAAAAAGCCCAAGAAAUUUUCGAAAAAUCAUUACCUCCAACACAUUCUUAUGUUACGGGUGUGAAAAGAAACAUUGAAAAUGUAAAAAAGAGAAUGUAA